AUGAGACCGUCCAUACCUCGUCGAGUCAUCAAACGUUACUUGGACACUACCACACUCCACGGCUUCAAGUAUUUACGCUCCCAGUAUUACCAGGAUCGUAUAGGCUGGAUAUUAGCUUGCUUCGCCGGUGCAGUGUGUGCAGGAUUCCUGUGCGCGACAUUCUGGGAUCGUUUCCGUCAUCACUCCACUGUGAUGGUGUUAGAAGACCGCCGCUUCGACAUGGGAGCUGAUGAUGGCCACAUCUCUUCGACGGGCAUGCCGCAGCUGAUCGCCGUGUGCCAUGCACCGGAGGCGGUGGCUGGUGCAUUUGUGCGGCAACUACUAAUGUUUAGUAAACAGGUAGACAACACAACUCGAUUGUCUGGCACUAUCUCCAACAUACUAUGGAACAAACCGGUGGAGGCGGAGCAACUGAUACUGCUGGAUCAAACCCUGGAGCGGAAUGAAAUACGACUCGUUGACGGUCUACUAAAUUACACCUCGGAAUGCAGCGAUGUCCUCAUCGUUUGCAGAUGGCAACACCAUUAUGUACCAUGCGAAUUACUCUUUGUUAAACAAUUGACUAGGUGGGGCGUUUGUUGCGUCAUGGAUGAAUAUAGAUUACAUAAUCAAACCACGAACCGAUUGUUAGAUGACAUGGAAAAUACUAGAAUGUUAGAUUUAGUGAUGAAUCACUCUAGGAUUGAAUCGCCUCUACACGGCUACGCUAUGAUCACAAAGUAUUCAGGGGAGGGGGGAGUGGAACCCAUGUAUAUUCAGCGAGGAUACGCCUACCAAGUUCAGCUAAUGUUCACGUUAUUGCUGGACGGAGUUGCAGAUGCUGACAACAUAGUUGCUGGCAACUGCGUAUCAGAUAAUAGUUACUCGAGGGACGAAUGCGAGUUAAAGUGCCUCGAAAAUAAAUGCGGAUGCUCAGACCCUCGGCUCGAGCGGACUCUGCCCCCCUGUCCACUGACCAAGACUGACUGUUUCGCACCGCCUAUUAACGGAAAUACAAGUUGCCAGUGUCCUUUCCUAUGCGAGGAGUACGUCACGGACUUGUCUUUGGAAGGUAGCCCCAUUAAGACUCUGGAUAACUCUAUAGAUCCUAUACACCGAGGUUUGAACAUUACCACCUCAAUAGUGGUUCAUUUUCAAGUAAAACUGCGGGACUGUAAAGUAAUAUCACAAAUACCAACAGAGACCUGGCUCACUUUAAUGUCUGCACUGGGAGGAGUAUUUAAUAUGUUCCUGGGAGUGGGGCUGUUCAGUGCAUUAGAGCUUCUAUAUAUUAUACUUCUAAAUAUACCUAAUAUAAUAAGGUCAUGUUGUAAAAUUAAUAAAGUUCUAGUACAUUGA